CUCCGCAAGGUAGAGACCGGCCAAUUCUUUGAGAUCGCCGUCGACGGCGAGCGCUGCCUCCUCCAGACGCGGUGGGGCCGCAGCACGGCGACGCCGGUCUCGGCCGAGAAGCGCUUUGACUCGGAGGCGGCCGCACGCGAGGCGGCGGUGAAGAAGCGCACCGAGAAGCUCGCCGAUGGCUUCGUCGAAGUUGACUGUGAGGUCAAGACUCCUGCCACAAAGAAGCAGCGCACGGGCGGCCCCUCCGGAGAGGCGCCGCCGACUGCAGCACCGCUGCCAACGACAUGGAUCUACAUGCACAACCCCGAAAAGAACAAGUGGGCGCUGGAACGCACAGCCCAUCCUCCCCGCCGAUGCGCUACGCCGACAGGCUGGCUCCCACGUCUCAAAAUUUCACCUUGUGCGCCCGCAGGUGGUACGACCUCGAGUGCUCGGGACUCUCCGUCAAGAUUCACUUCGGAGGCUGCGCCAAGGGGAAGGGGUCGUGCCACCCAAAGGUGUUUGGCGACGCGGCCGAGGCGACUGGCUACGCGCGGGGCAAGGUCAACGCGCAGGGCAAGAAGGGCUUCGCUGUGGUGGAGGCGAGCAAGCGGCCGGCCGCGUGAAGUGAGGUCCCGGCGCUGUUGCUUGCUGCCGUGUAGCGAAAUGCGAAGAGGGUGAGGCCGCGCGUCGGCCGUCAGGCUCCUGCACUGAGCGAUGGUGACCGCGCCAGGUACUGAGCGGCACCGAGCCGCCGUCCUCGUCGCUGUCGAGAAAAGUCGUGAUGUAUAGUCCGCAGACCGGCC